AUGGCGUCGUUAGAAAACGGCUACGCCAAUGGCAAUUCAUUCCCAACCGCCAGCUCUCAGGUCAAUCUUCGCUUUUCUGACAUACCCUCUGCGAUUGAUAUUCCCGCGUCCACCCUUGAUAGCGAAGUUGAAGUCAGUUUGGAGGGCCUACCAGACGACCCCACAGAACUAUGUACCCUCCUGGAGAACGAGAAAGCCGCGAAGAAUUUCUGGGUGAUUAUCGCGCUGGCGUAUGCCAAGCAGAAGCAGCUUGAUCAUGCGAUCGACAUUUUGAAUAAAGGCCUGGCUUCGGUCGGUCAUGGGGCAGCCAAAGAGAAACUUGGUCUGUUGGGCUGGGUCUGCUGGUUGUUGAUGCUGAAGAGCCGACAGGCCCCCCGAGUUGCUUCGGAAGGGGAACUGUAUACAGAAGCCAAGACCAAGGACUAUUACCUCCAGCUCGCGACGUCGACGCUGAACGAGGCGUCGCGACUGAACCCAGCUUUCCCCCCUUUGUUUCUAGCCCGAGGCGUUCUGUGCCUUUUGCGGGCUUCCUUGCACCCACCAAGGCCGGUUCGACCGGGAUCCGUUGAUACAUCCGAGAGAGUGGAGUCGCUGCGACAGGCGCUCAAGUGCUUCGAAGAAUCGUCAAAGGCGUUCGGAGGCCGGAAUGUGAUGGCGAUCCUGGGACGUGCCAGAGCGCAAUACUUGCUGGGCAGGUAUGCGGAGGCGCUAGAGGGGUAUCAGAAGGUGCUGAUGAAGAUGCCUGGCCUGACAGACCCAGAUCCUCGAAUCGGUAUCGGGUGUUGCUUAUGGCAAUUGGGCUUCAAGGAUCAGGCGAAGGUUGCUUGGGAGCGAGCGUUAGCAGUCAAUCCCGACUCCAAGGUUGCCAACAUCCUACUUGCCGUUUAUUACCUCUAUGACAGUUCGCGACACGCGACGACAGAUCCUGCCUUUGGCUCGUUGUACAAAGUGGCCAUGACCCAGUACACGCAGAAAGCCUUCAAACUGGACAAGGAAUACCCCAUGACAUGUGCACUAUUUGGCAGCUAUUUCCUAUUGAGAAAAUCCUACUCUACCGUCGAGACACUGGCGCGGAAAGCCAUUGAGCACACUGAUGUAAUGGCGAUUGCCAGUGACGGCUGGUAUCUCCUGGGACGCAAAGCUCACUAUGAAGGCGACCUUGCUCGCGCUGCGGAGUACUACAGCCGCUCCGAUCAAGCGCGAGGUGGCGGCGACAAAGGGUAUCUUCCUUCAAAGUUCGGUGCGGUGCAGAUGCAGGUAUCCAACCGGAACUACGACGACGCCAAAUUCCGGUUGGAGAAAAUUAUUCAGCAAACCAAGAACCCCGAAUGUAUGAUCUUACUUGGGGCUCUUCAUGCCGAGGAGGUCUUUGCUGCUCAAGCCAGCGGUAGCAAGGAGGACAAGUCGGCGGAAGCUAAGAAGGCCAUCAGCCUGCUCGAAUCGGUCCGUAGCCUGUGGAAGGACGAAGCCAAGAAGGUCUCUCCUGAUGAAUCAGUCUUGGUGUACCUGUCUCGCCUCUAUGAGCAGAUUGCGCCGGAGAAGAGCAUGCAAUGCCUGAGUCAGCUGGAAGAAAUGCAACUGGCCGAGAUCGCCGAAGAAGAGCGUCCGGAGGGUAUUGAGGACGAGGAAGAAGUCAAAGCCAUCCUCCGAACAAACCUUCCUCCUCAGCUUCUUAAUAAUAUGGGCUGCUUUAUGUACCAGGCUGACAAGGUGGAACAAGCGAGAACGCUAUUCCAGGCAGCUUUGAAUGCCUGCGUUCGAUCACAGGAGAAGGAGGCGCAGCUUGACACAGAUGCUCUUGUAACGACCGUUAGUUACAAUCUGGGUCGAGCCUACGAAGCCUCCAACAUGCAAGACGAGGCCAAGAAAGUUUACGAAGGCCUGCUUGAACGCCAUGCCGACUACACAGAGGCCAAUGCGAGACUCACGUAUAUUGCUCUUAGACAGAGCCCUACAGAUGAAGGGCCGAAGAAGAUGGCCAAACUUUACGAGGCCGACUCGACGAAUCUCGAGGUCCGCGCUCUCUUCGGGUGGUACCUGAGCAAGUCCAAGAAGCGGGCGGCGAACCUCGCUGAGGACCACGAGCAGCGACAUUUCAAACAUACCCUGCAGUACUUUGACAAGCAUGACCGCUACUCUUUGACCGGGAUGGGCAAUGUUCACCUGGCCACAGCGCGGGAUAUGCGGCGCGAUACCGACCAGGAUAAGGAGAAACGCCGCAAGAUGUACGAGAGGGCCGUCGAAUUCUUCGACAAAGCGCUGCAGCUAGAUCCCAAGAAUGCCUAUGCAGCGCAAGGUAUUGCUAUUGCGCUCGUCGACGAUAAGAAAGACCACGCCGGCGCUGUGCAUAUCUUCUCCAAGGUGCGAGAUACCCUCAAGGACCCCAGCGUCUACCUGAACCUGGGCCAUGUCUAUGCCGAACUCCGCCAAUACUCUCGGUCGAUUGAGCACUACGAGGCAGCGCUGUCGAAAGAUCGUGCUCGCGAUGCACAGAUUCUGGCGUGCCUCGGACGUGUCUGGCUGCUUAAGGGCAAGCAAGAAAUGAACAUGUCCGCCAUGAAGACGGCGCUGGACUAUGCCAAACGGGCCCACGCCGUAGCGCCCGCACAGGCUCAUCUCGAGUUCAAUGUUGCAUUCGUGCAAAACCAGAUUGCCUCGCUGGCGUACAGCCUACCAGAGACGCAGAAGACUGUUCAGGACGUCGAGGAAGCCGCUGAGGGGCUUCACCAAGCCAUUGAGACCUUCGGGCGCAUUGCCAAGGUGAAGAACCCACCGUACCCUGCCGGAGCACUGGAGCAGCGCGCCAACAUGGGCAAGACGAUCAUCAAGCAGUUGGAACGUGCGCUCCAAAGCCAGAAGGAAUACGAAGAGAAGAACGCGGCGAAGCUGCAGCAGGCGCGCGAGGCUCGAGAGGCGGAGAUCCGCAAGCGGGAGGAAGAGGUGCGGAAGGCGCAGGAAGCCGAGCAGGAACGGAAGAAGAAGCUUGCGGAAGAGCGACAGCGGAUGAUUGAGGAAGCCCAACGACUGGCCGAGCAGCGGGCAGAAGAGGAGCGGGCGCGUGAGGAGGCGGAGAUGACGGUGGAUUCGGAAACCGGCGACAAAGUGAGGCGGAGAAAGAAGACAUCGUCGAAGCGCAAGAAGAAGAGGGCGGAAGACGAUUUCAUCAGCGAUGGGGAGACGCCUCGCCGGGCAGUCAGCGGGGAGCCUGGCAGCGAGGGUGAGGCGGCGCCCAAGAAGCGCAGACGGCUGGAGCGUCGGUCCGGCGGCAAGGCCCAGAGCAAGUACAAAAGCAGCGAGAUUGUGGAAGAUUCGGACGUGGAGGAUGAGGUGCACGAGACUGCUGCGAAUGAUUCGGAUCAAGAGAUGCGGGACACCGGAGCCGAUGAUGCUGAGGAUGUGGUGCAGCGGCGUCGAGCCAAGGUGACCCGUAGGAUUGCGGACGAAGAUGAUGAGGAUGAGGAAGAAGAGCGAGGAGCCUCAUCAGCAGGCCCGGUGCAUGAGAACCACGAAGACGACGACGAUGAUGGGUUGUUCGACGAGAGCCCCCGGGGGGAGGAUCUGGAGAUGAAGGAGGACGAGGAGUAA